AUGGCGUUCUCCAUGAUGAAGUCUUUGGUUGCCCUCCUGCUCCUCACCAGCUCGGCUAUGGGACGUCCCAUUAUUUUCUUUUGUUUGUUUAAGUGUUCUUCCGUGACAAAAUCUACAUCAACAACCGCCCUGCCAACGUCAACCGCCGAUCCAUAUAUCUACACCACCCCUGAACCCCACCCAACAUCUUCAUCCAUGCCGCCUUCAAUCUGGACGCCAACCCCAACGCACCCAAUGCCAACCUCUACAUCAGAAACGCACCCAAUGCCAACUGAAUCAGAAACGCACCCAAUGCCAACUGAAUCAGAAACGCACCCAAUGCCAACCUCUACAUCAGAACCGCACCCAAUGCCAACUGAAUCAGAAACGCACCCAAUGCCAACCUCUACAUCAGAACCGCACCCAAUGCCAACUGAAUCAGAAACGCACCCAAUGCCAACCUCUACAUCAGAACCGCACCCAAUGCCAACUGAAUCAGAAACGCACCCAAUGCCAACCUCUACAUCAGAACCGCACCCAAUGCCAACUGAAUCAGAAACGCACCCAAUGCCAACCUCUACAUCAGAACCGCACCCAAUGCCAACUGAAUCAGAAACACACCCAAUGCCAACCUCUACAUCAGAACCGCACCCAAUGCCAACUGAAUCAGAAACGCACCCAAUGCCAACCUCUACAUCAGAACCGCACCCAAUGCCAACUGAAUCAGAAACGCACCCGAUGCCAACCACAACCGAGACCCAACCUCCAGUUCCAACCACAACCGAGACCCAACCUCCAGUUCCAACCACAACUGAGACCCAACCUCCAGUUCCAACCACAACCUUCGCUACAUCCACAGUGCCAUCUACAGUCCCCACCUCCGCACCCAACACAUCCAACACAGUGUCUCCACCACCAACCACCAGCACAGACUCAACUCCAACCACAUCGCCCACCCAGCCCCCGCAGUCUACUGCUCCCCAAUCAUUCCUCGGCUCUGCUGCUGGCUGUCGGAGACCCGGUGUUGCUGCUCUCGCUUUUUUCGUUGCCGUUGUCGCCGGGCUCCAGAUCUAG